CGUAGCAAAAAAAUCGGACAGCUCUCAAGAUCGGGACCAGUCCCGCAAACGCCUUUCCCCCCCUCAGUUUUAUUCGUCAUCUGUUUCCAUCUGUUUUCUUUUCUCUUCUUCUUUCUUUUUGAGUGGCGAUAGUUUAACGACCUCUGAAAAUCAUUAAACUCCGGGAAAAUCCGUUGUAUUUUCGGCAUUUUAGUGCUUCCAUUACGCGCCGGAUAUGUGGUGGAUGCUGUUUCACCGAUGGAUUUGGUUUCUUCUUGGACAUUGUUAUACUCUACUCCUUUACAGAGACAGCUGCCGCGUGAGAGCGAUGCCCAUGUCUGUGGCAAAAGUAGUGUAUUCUCACGCAGGUCUUUGCCCGAAUGAUCUGAACCCUAACCUGUGGGUGGAUGCUAUGAGCACCUGCAUGCGCGAGUGCGAAUCUGACCAGGACUGUGAGACUUUUGAGAAGUGCUGCCCUAAUGUGUGUGGUAACAAGAGCUGCGUGGCAGCACGCUAUAUAGACAUCAAGGGCAACAAGGGCCCCAUUGGAAUGCCAAAGGGUGCCACCUGCGACAAGUUCAUGUGCUCUCAGCAAGGGUCUGAGUGUGACAUCUGGGAUGGCCAGCCAGUUUGUAAGUGCAGAGACCGCUGCGAGAGAGAACCCCACUUCACAUGUGCAUCUGACGGCAUGACAUAUUAUAACAAGUGCUACAUGGAUGCAGAGGCCUGUUCCAAGGGUAUCUCUAUCUCUGAGGUCACCUGCAGGUACCACCUGACCUGGCCAAACACCAGCCCACUCCCUGUGGAGACCACUUUACAUCCCACAACUGCCCUCCAGACCACCCUCCCGACUGACAUCCAGCUCCCCGCCAUACACAACGGACCCAGCCAGCAGGCUGUUUUUGUAGGUGAGACAGCUACCUUCCUGUGUGAAGUGUCUGGGAAGCCACAUCCAGAAAUCACCUGGGAGAAACAACUGAAAGGCAAAGAGAACAUCAUAAUGAGACCCAAUCAUGUCCGAGGGAACGUCGUGGUCACUAACAUCGGUCAGCUGGUUAUAUACAAUGCACAGCUUCAGGAUGCUGGAAUCUAUACGUGCACAGCCAGAAAUGUUGGCGGAAGUGUGUCGUCACACUAUCCCUUGGUGGUGAUCAAGAAAGAAACGAAAGGUAAAAAUGAAGAGGGGAACAGCACCAACCUGCCUUUUCCAGCUACUGAGUGCCUAAAGAGUCCAGACACAGAUGACUGUGGGGAAGAGACCAUGAGCUGGUACUAUGAACCAAAGAGGAACAACUGCUUCACUUUUACCUACAGUCAGUGCAAUAAAAACUUAAACCACUUUGACACCUAUGAAGCCUGCAUGCUGUCAUGUGGAGGAGAGCUGGCAGCUCCCUGUAGUCUUCCAAGCCUCCAAGGGCCCUGCAAAGCCUAUGAGCCCCGCUGGGCUUAUAGCAGCACCGUCAAAAAGUGCCAGUCAUUUGUUUAUGGAGGCUGCGGCGGCAAUGAGAACAACUUUCAAUCUAAAGAAGCCUGCGAAGAGAUGUGCCCCUUUCCGAAGAACAACAACUGCAAGGUGUGCAAACCCCGAGGCAAGAUGGUGGCCAGCUUCUGCAAGAGCGACUUUGUGAUCCUCGGCCGGGUGACUGAGCUGACAGAAGAGCAAGAGUCAGGCCAUGCUUUGGUGACAGUGGAGGAGAUUUUGAAGGAUGAGAAGAUGGGUCUCAGGUUCUUUGGCAAAGAACCGUUGGAGGUGACACUUCUAAACAUGGACUGGAACUGCCCCUGCCCCAAUAUCACUGUAGCCGACGGGCAGCUCAUCAUCAUGGGAGAUGUUCACAAUGGCAUGGCCGUCCUGCAGCCCGACAGCUUUGUAGGCUCCUCCAGUAAUCGCAGGAUCAGGAAGCUGCGUGAGGUUAUCAGCAAGAAAACCUGUGAUUUCAUUAAAGAUUUUUCUGCCAUCCAGUAGACUCUAAUAGCAACUGAAAGUUCAUUACAGGUUGUCAUUUUCAGAUAAAUCUAAACUCCAGUGACCUCAACAGUCAGACUGACUGCCAACAAACACUAACUAUAAACUUACCUGCAGGUUGUUGUCUAUAUCCUGUUUCCCUUCCUCUCUCAUUUUCCAUACUGCUCAGAAGGUCUCAGAAAAACAUUUGACAUCAUCUGUACUGUUCUCACUGUUCAUAUUAUUUCUUUUUAUUCAGUUGUGGGGUAUGCUGUCUGGAUUAAGCAAGUGGAAUAUUAAUAAUCAGGAGCAUUUACCCUGUAUAAAAAAUGUAAUCCUUUUCCUUUCCAAAUGUUACCCAGAUAUAAACUAAUGCCACUCAUAUUGCAGUAUAUUCUAAUACCAUUAGUAUAGUUGUUUUAUUUUUUUAUGGGUAUCUCACAGUUGAUAUUUUGUAACAUCUGUCCUCAGCACUUGAGCUCACUAUAAUGCCAUGUGACGCCUCAGUUCAUCAACCAGAAUCAGAUAAGCUCUUCAGUUCCUUUUUUUGGAUAAGUUUUCAUUUUUAAUACAGUAUGUAUGUGGACUUGUGUACUUCAUAUUUAUUUUUCCUGGUCUAUUCUAAUAGGGCUGUAGCUGGAGGAUAUAUACACAUGCAGAGUGUGGCUCUGUUAAUCUAAUUAACAGAUUAACAGAGACAUAUUAAUUAGUCACACGACAUGUUUUUUUUUU